UCAGGGUGACAGUAGUUGCAACAACGGGACCCACCACUCGGGGGCGGUGCAGUCAGACCCACAGCUGUUUGAGGCCCAGUUUGAGGAGCUGGUGACAGAGCUCACAGAGCAGGACCUCACAGACCCUGUCCUCGCUGACGCUCUCAACAGACUCAGAGAGGUAGGGUGUGUUGUGAGACCACCAUAGGAAGUUUAAAAAAAAGGCUUUCUCCUUCAUAUCUACGAGAAUUGUCUAGCGGUAGUUCCUCGUUUUUUGGGGGGAGAAAUUGAGAUGUGCAAAGAUGAUGCAACUCAUCUCUAUUGCUGUCUGUCUCUGUCUCUCUUUCUCUCUCUCUCUGUCUCUCUCUGUCGCUCUCUGUCUCAUUCUCGCUCUCUCUUUGUCUCUCUGUCUCUCUCUGUCUCUCGCUCUCUUUGUCUCUCUCUCUCUGUCUCUCGCUCUCUUUGUCUCUCUCUCUCUCUCUCUCUCUCUCUCUCUCAGGUGUUGCACUACAACACUCCUGGAGGAAAAAGAAACAGAGGUCUGUCUGUGAUUGGCUCUUUGAGGGAGCUUGUACCUCCCACAGAGCUGACCCAGGAUGCUGUGCAACGGGCCCUGCUGGUUGGCUGGUGCAUUGAGCUGGUGAGACACACACACACAGUUGUUGCAUCAAUUAGCACUUUGCUGAGGUACCAGUAUCUCUCUACUGUGAAGUGACUAACGCUGACUCUCGCACUCUUCUUUUUAUUUAUUUUUUGCCUCCCCCCUUUUCUCUCUUUCUUUCUUUCUCUCUCUCAGCUCCAGGCAUUCUUCCUGGUAGCUGAUGACAUCAUGGAUGCUUCAGUGACUCGGAGAGGUCAGCCCUGCUGGUACAAGAGGGUGAGACUGACUAUUGUUAUUGCUCUCACUAGAAUUGUAGUCUAAUCUAAAAGCAUUGUUAUGGUCAGCCAACUGGUUUACCCAAAACGAACUGUAAGCUGACAUCAACUUCCAUACUGCAUCACCUGUCAACAAUAACAUGUGUCCCUGUUAACGUAGUAGGCUUUAAGUAAAGGGUGUGCUCAGUCAGUAACAUAGCUGUUGUUUCUCAGGAGAGAGUGGGUCUGGAUGCCAUCAAUGAUGCCUUCCUCCUGGAGGGAGCCAUCUACAGACUACUGCGCAGACACUGCAGGGCACAGCCCUACUACGUACACCUAUUGGAGCUCUUCACCGAGGUACACACACACACACAUAAACACACACACUUACACGGCUGACUCUUGUGCUGUAGCUGACUAUUGUUUCUCUGUCCCUGUGUGUGUCAGACGUCCUUCCAGACAGAGCUGGGCCAGGCUCUGGACCUGAUGACCGCUCCUCCUGGUCAAAUAGACCUCAACCGCUUCACCAUGGAGAGGUGAGAGAGAGAGGGGAGGAUAAAACGAGGGAGGGAUAUAGAGAUGGAGGGGUAUAUGGUGAUUUAAGGUACACGUGAGUGGGUAUUGUUGAUAGAAGUAGUGCAUGGCUGUUGGGGUGGGGAGGGUUUGGAAGGGUAUUCUCUUUACUCACUUUAUCUUUCUCCCUCCCACUCUCUGUGUGUCAGAUAUAAGGCCAUAGUAAAGUACAAGACUGCCUUCUACUCCUUCUACCUCCCUGUUGCAGCAGCCAUGUACAUGGUGAGUGUGUAUAGUCUUUUAAUGGCUGGUGCAGUCUCAUUAUACAAGGUAACUUAUAGAAAUGGAAUAUCCCUUUCUGAAUAAUUCCCAGGCGGGCAUUGACAGUGAAGAGGAACACAACAACGCUAAACACAUCUUACUGGAGAUGGGAGAGUUCUUCCAGAUACAGGUGAGACCAGACAUUCUAUGUGUAAUUGUAUGGGUGAGACUGACACCCACACACACACACAUUAACAAUGUCAUAACAGCAUUGUUUUACAAUAUUUCUCUGUUGCCAGGAUGACUACCUGGAUUGCUAUGGCGACCCGGAGGUGACAGGGAAGAUUGGAACAGACAUCCAGGACAACAAGUGUGGCUGGCUGGUGGUGACUGCUCUAGGGGUCAUGACCCCGGAACAGAGGGCAGAGCUGGAGGUGAGAGGUCAACCAUGAACAGUCACAGUUGACCGUUGAACUGUAAAUACACCUAAGCCUGGAAGGAUGGAAGAAUGAUUGAGGGAAUGAAUGUAUUUAUUCAAUUCUUUACAUAGCUCAAUACAAGAAACUGGUCUGACUACAGUAUAUCUGGUGAGAAAAUGGAUAAAAAUACAAAUUAUUUACAUUUUAUUUUCCUCUUUCAGUCAUGUUAUGGUCGGCAUGACAGUGUGAGUGUGGAGAAGGUGAAAGCGCUGUACAACACCCUACAGAUGUCCACCCUGUACCACCAAUACGAAAACGACAGCUACCAGCGCUUACAGAAACUCAUCGCUCGUCACGCCCAAAACCUUCCACAUGCAGUUUUCCUCAACUUCGCCAAGAAAAUCUACAAGAGAAACAAGUGAAGACUAUGACGAGGGGACAGUUUUUUUUUUUUGGGGGGGGGGGGGGGGGGGGCGCGCACUGUAGCUGGACUGAGGAGGGCUAGUUGGUGUGGCUGCUUCCAUUUCGGUCCCUUGCCCCUUCCCCUUGCUCCUACCCCUUCAGUGAACACCAUGGGGUUAAAGGCUAGGGCAGGGCUCUCCAACCCUGUUCCU